GGGAAAUGUUUUCUCCCCGCAACCGUUGCAUUCAGGAUCCUAACACAUCGACGCAUAUCCGUAUUUCCUAGAACAUGCUGUAUCUCGUGGGUCUCGGCCUGGCCGAUGAGAAAGAUAUCACCGUCAAGGGUUUGGAGAUUGUAAAAGCGGCUACGAGAGUCUACCUUGAGGCAUACACAGCAGUCCUUCUCGUUGACAAAGAUGUCCUGGAAGCCUAUUACGGACGUCCCGUAAUUGUGGCAGACCGUGAAAUGGUGGAAUCGUCAAGCGAUGACAUUCUCAAGGAUGCGGAUAAGGAAGAUGUUGCGUUCCUGGUUGUGGGCGAUCCCUUCGGCGCAACUACUCAUACCGACCUCGUGCUCCGCGCUCGCGAAAUGUCCAUACCAACUCGCUCCAUUCCCAACGCCAGCAUCCUAACGUCCAUUGGCGCCACCGGUCUCCAACUGUACAACUUCGGUCAGACGGUGUCCAUGGUCUUCUUCCUCGAUAACUGGAAACCGGCAUCAUUCUACGAUCGAAUCAAGGAGAACGUCUCCAUAGGGCUACACACACUUGUUCUGCUGGACAUCAAAGUCAAGGAGCAGAGUCUGGAGAACAUGGCAAGAGGGCGCAAGAUUUACGAGCCGCCUAGAUACAUGACUGUGGCACAGUGUGCUCAACAAAUGCUGGAGGUAGAAGAAGAGGUCAAGAAAGAAGGCGUGUAUACCAGGGAUAGUCUUGCGGUAGGAGUCGCCAGAAUCGGAGCUGAUGACCAGAAGAUUGUUGCUGGGACGCUUGGGCAGCUGUCCGAAGCUGACCUCGGAAAACCGCUCCACAGUCUGGUAUUGCUGGGCCGGAGAACGCACGAUCUUGAACGCGAUUUCCUCGAGGAGUUUGCGAUUGACAAGGAAAUCUUCAACGCGAUUUGGAAAAAGGACUACGAAGGGAAAAGCCACUAACACCAUGGGCUUACUGGACCUGCUACAUCGCAAAAUUUCGCGUUUGACUGCAGUUCAAUUCGAUAUAAGCAUAGAUGCACGGCUCCGAUAUUUAAUUGACUGUCGCUUGAUCCAAGGUUGCUCCCGGGCAAAGUUCCAAGGUUGAGUCUAGACAUGAGGCUAGUAAAGAUAUUAGCGCCCAUCUAAACCAACCCCACCUCUAUUG